AUGUCGCAUGCCCACAAGCAAUUCCUCUUUGCAGUGCUUGUUGGUUUUGCUCUUGCAGCCUUAGUCCAUUCCCAGAACCAAUCAGGUUUCAUUAGCAUAGAUUGCGGCCUACCGAAUAAUUCCAGCUACACUGAAACGACAACAGGCAUUAACUACAUUUCAGACUCGACCUUCAUAGACACAGGUGAAAGCAAGUACUUAUCGGCUAAUCAUGAUUUGAACUAUUAUCAACCAUACUGGUACGUUAGGAGCUUUCCACAAGGAGUGAGGAACUGCUACAGAAUAAACGUCACAUAUGGCACCAAGUAUUUGAUCCGAGCAGGUUUUCAGUAUGGGAAUUACGGCGAAAAUAAACCACCCGAAUUCGAACUACAUCUCGGAGCUAAUUUGUGGGAUACAGUGAAUUUCACGGCGAAAAAUCAGACAACCAGGGAGCUCAUACGUGUCCUUCUGCAAGACUACAUACAUAUUUGUUUAGUGAACACAAACAAAGGGGUUCCAUUUAAAUCAUCCAUCGAACUAAGGCCCUUACUCAAUACAUCUUAUGAAGAACGAACGGGGUCUUUGGCACUUGUCUCGCGGUAUGACACUGGUUUAUUAGCAACUAAUGAUACAGGAACCAGCAGUGCUAAGGUGGCGAUGAUGGCAGCGAGGGCUAGUGGUGGCCAUGAUAAGGUGGUAGUUGAAGAGGUUGUGGUCCGGGUGAUGGUGGUGGAGGCAGUGGUGUUGAUGGUCAUGAUAAGGUAUCCAACCGAUAUUCAUGAUCGCAUCUGGGAGCCCUAUUACGUUUCUGAUGACACACAGUUCCAAUUGAGAACCUCAGCCAUCAUGAAUGAAUCUUAUCAAAAUGCUUUCGAAAUACCAUCUGCUGUGAUGAGCACUGCUGUGGCGCCAAAAAAUGCAAGUUAUGCCUUGGAAUUUUACUGGGAUUCUCCUGAUAACAAUUCGGAAUAUUAUAUCUACUUGCACUUUGCAGAAAUUGAAAAGCUUCGGCCCCACCAGCUUAGAAAUCUCUUUAUUGUUUGGAACGGUGGAUGGCCUCAACGCCCAUUUGUUCUCCCUUAUUACUUGAACGAGAAAACACUUUUCAACAUCUGGCCCUUUAGUGGAUUCACAAAACAUUCUUUUUCAAUCCUCAAGACUGACAACUCUACCCUUCCACCCGUCCUCAAUGCCUACGAGAUUUACGAGGGUAAAAGGUUCCUAGAAUUGGAGACAAACCAAGGAGAUAUCGAAGCAAUCGAAAACAUCAAGCUACAUUACAAAAUCAGUAAGAACUGGCAAGGAGAUCCAUGCAGCCCUCAAGCUUACAAGUGGGAAGGACUAAAUUGUAGCUAUCUUGAAUCCAGGCCCCCAAGAAUCAUAUCUUUGGACUUGUCCUCCAGUGGCUUAAGAGGCCAGAUAUCUCCUUUUAUAGCCAAUCUCACAAUGAUACAAGCUUUGGAUUUAUCAAACAAUGACUUGACAGGACCAAUUCCAGACUUUUUUUCCCAAAUGCCAGAUUUAUAUGUCCUAAACUUGGGAAAGAACAAGCUCGCAGGCCCAGUUCCAGCAGGGCUCAUUGACAGAAAUAAAAAUGAUGGGCUAUCAUUGAGUCUCUGUGAAAAUCCAAAUAUAUCCGGAUUAGGACACGUUUCUUGCAAAUUAAGGAAGAAGCAAAAUGUCAUUAUUCCCGUAGUAGUAUCCAUAAUUGGAACUAUGAUCCUCUUAUUAACUGUAGCAGCUAUCUGGUGGAGAUGUAAAAGUGAAAAGAAAGAUGAGCCAUUCAAGAUACAGGGUCGAAAAUUUACAAAAUCAGAGAUCAACAAGAUCACCAGCAAUUCUACACUAAUUGGAAGAGGCGGAUUUGGAGAAGUCUACCAUGGCACUCUGAAAAAUGAUACUCAAGUUGCCGUGAAAAUACUCAAUUUAUCAUCAAAACAAGGCUCAGAAGAAUUUCAAAAUGAGGUUAAACUAUUGAUGAGAGUUCAUCAUAGAAACUUGGUUUCUUUUAUUGGCUACUGUGACGAAGGUGACAUUAUGGCACUUGUUUACGAAUACGUUGGGAAUGGAAAUUUGCAACAGCAAAUAUCUGCUGCAGGUACAGAUAUAGGCUUGACUUGGAAGCAGAGACUUCAGAUUGCAGUAGAUGCAGCACGAGGAUUGGAAUAUCUACAUGAUGGUUGCAAACCGCCGAUACUGCACAGAGAUUUGAAGCCUUCAAACAUCUUGUUAAAUGAGAAACUGCAAGCCAAGAUAGCUGAUUUUGGAAUUUCUAAAGCUCUUGCAACUGAAACGGCUACUCAUGCAUUAACAGACCUCAGAGGAACAUAUGGGUACCUGGAUCCUCAAUAUUGCACAACUGGACAGCUGACUAGAAAGAGUGAUGCAUACAGUUUUGGGAUUGUCUUGCUGGAGCUUAUAACUGGCAGACCAGCAAUAAUAACAGAUUUAGAACUUGUCCAUGUUAACGUCUCCGAUUGGGUGAGGGCUAAGUUUGAGAGAAUGGAAAUUGAAGGCAUAGUAGAUUCAAGAGUACAAGGGACAUACAAGUAUUCUUCUGCACAGAAAGCUAUAGAAACUGCUCUGGCUUGUGUGUCAAAAACACCGACCGAAAGGCCAGAAAUAAGUUAUGUGUAUGACAGAUUGAAGGAAUGCUUGGAAAUUGAAAAGUUUAAGCAGCUUUAGUCAAAUGAAAUCCCAAGUUCAGUCUAAAGAUCAAGUGUUUAUUACUAGUCCUUUG